AUUCUCCGUGGCAGCCAAGCGGCGUGGGCGCAGGGGAUGGAGGCGAAUGCUCCAAGCAUGGUCAUCAUCUUCGUCCCUUUGUUGCUGUGUGUGUUGAUCCUGGAGACCUUUCAUCUUCCUACCGCCACUGCUGUGUCCACCCAGCAGCGUCGAAACAAUGCAACCGACCGGUCCACGCUCCUCGCCUUCAGGUCCCUGAUUUCUGAUGAUCCACUGGGGUUUCUUGCCUCAUGGAAUGACUCCCUCCAUUUUUGCCAGUGGCGAGGUGUUAUAUGCGGUAGCCAUCACCCAGAAAGGGUCACGGCCCUGAAACUCGACUCUCUUGGGCUGGUUGGUCUCCUAUCACCUUUCCUUGCCAACCUUACCUUCCUCCAGAGAAUCAGCCUUUCAAACAACCGGUUCAGGGGACACAUCCCGGAAGAGUUUGGUCGCUUGCGCCGGCUCCGAUAUCUCAAUCUGACCCUCAACUCCCUCGAUGGAGGGAUUCCAUCCGCUCUAGGCCGGUGCUCCCAGCUCAUAGUCGUUAGUUUGAGGGACAACGCGCUGCAAGGUGAGAUUCCAUCAACUCUUACCCUUCUUUCCCGCCUUCAAAUUAUCGAUUUAGGGAGCAACAUGCUUCGAGGGGAAAUCCCUCUCAAUCUCAGCCGCUGUCAAGAACUCAAAGCCAUUAACUUUACGAGCAACAUUCUCAAAGGUGGAAUCCAUGCGGAGCUCGGCAACCUUCCGAGGCUAACUCUGCUACAAUUGGGCUUCAACAAUUUUACAGGGGACAUCCCGCCUUCUUUGGGAAACCUUCCCCUCCUGGCCGAGCUUGAUCUCUCUCAAAACAGCCUUACUGGAGUCAUCCCACCUUCACUCGGCAAUCUAUCCAACCUGGUUUUUCUUGCUGUGUAUGAUAACUAUCUAUCUGGAGCCAUACCGCCUUCUUUGGGGAGCCUCCCCUUGCUGAAUGACGUUGAUCUCUCGUAUAACAACCUCACGGGAGCCAUCCCACCUUCACUCGGCAACCUAUCGAACCUGGUUUUUCUUGGUCUGUAUAAUAACUAUCUAUCCGGAGUCAUACCGCCUUCUUUGGGGAGCCUCCCCUUGCUGAAUACCCUUGAUCUCUCGUAUAACAACAUUACGGGAGCCAUCCCACCUUCUCUUGGAAACCUCUCCUUUGUGGAAGCUCUUAGUCUUGAGAGUAAUGACCUCCAUGGAGUCAUCCCACCUUCACUCGGCAACCUCUCCAACCUGGUCUAUCUUGAUGUGUAUCAUAACAAUCUAUCCGGAGUCAUACCCUCUUCUCUUGGGAACCUCUCCUUUCUGAAUGUUCUUAGUCUCGGAACAAAUAAUCUCCACGGAGGUAUCCCAUCUUCGUUGGGGAAACUGUCCUCUCUCAUUAAAUUGGACUGCUCCGAGAACAAACUUUCGGCCGAGAUUCCAGCUUCAUUGGGACAACUCUCCUUUCUUAUAUAUCUUAAUCUUGGGCUCAACAAGUUGUCAGGUUCCAUACCUUCCUCCCUCUACAAUCUCUCGGCCAUCAUCAAAUUCGCCGUCCAACUGAAUCAGCUAUCCGGCACUCUUCCAUCAGACAUUGGCAAUGCUCUUCCCAACCUUCAAACUUUUUACGUGGCCAAAAAUCAGCUCACUGGACCAAUUCCUGCGUCUCUGGCCAAUGCCUCUGCACUCCAAGACAUCGAACUUGAUGUUAAUAGCUUCACGGGCACGAUCCCUCCGAGCCUAGGAAAAUUGCAGAGCCUUUAUAGGCUUUAUCUCUGGGGUAAUCAACUAGAAGCGAAGAAUAUCAUUGGCUGGAGUUUCAUGAUGGCAUUAACCAACUGCACCAAUUUGCAACAUUUAGAUGUAGGAGACAAUAUGCUUGGAGGCAGGAUGCCCAAUUCAAUUGCCAAUCUUUCCACGAGGCUGGAGUAUUUGGCGCUCGAUAAUAACCAGAUUUCGGGAGUAAUACCUGAUGGGAUUGGGAAGUUCAUCAACCUAAAUUUCCUUGAUAUGGGUACCAACCUUCUCCAAGGCAGUCUUCGUGCAGAAAUUGGGAAGCUCUGGAGAUUACAAUACUUGAAUUUGGGAGAAAACAUGAUUUCCGGUGAAAUUCCGUCCACACUUGGUAACCUCACCAAAAUGAUCACAUUGUAUCUCCAACAAAAUGACUUGGCAAGGAGCAUUCCGUCAGUCUUUGGCAACUUCCAAAAUCUAGAGUUGUUGAACCUCUCAUCCAACAAGCUCACUGGUGCCAUACCAAAAGAAGUUAUGGGCCUUUCUUCACUCUCCAUCUUCCUAGACUUGUCCCAUAAUCUGUUGAAUGGGUCCAUACCCUCAGAAGUUGGUGAUUUGAAAAAUAUUGAAAGGCUUGAUCUCUCUCACAACAAACUAUCUGGCCAGCUACCUGGCGCCAUUGGUGAAUGCCAGAUCUUGGAAAGUCUCCAUAUGGAAUUCAACUUGCUUGAAGGAGAAAUUCCUUCCUCUUUUAGCAACUUAAAAGGGAUUCAGGAGCUAGAUCUGGCGCACAACUUUUUAUCUGGUCGUAUACCGAUAUACCUUGAAGGAUUUAUUUACCUACAGUCUUUGAAUCUGUCUUUCAACAAUUUCGAGGGUGACGUGCCAAAAGAAGGGAUAUUCAGCAAUCUGAGUGCGAUUUCAGUCGGUGGAAAUGAUGGACUUUGUGGUGGAAUUCCUGAACUACACUUGCCACCCUGCUCUAUUGAAACCCAUGGGAAAAGGCAUAAAUCUUUUGCACUCAAGGCAAUAAUUAUUUCAGUAGCUGGUGUGGUUUUCUGUUUGACUAUACUACUAUGCUUCUUUGUUACUCGUAAAUGGAUACCAAAGUCUAGAAUGAAAUCGCUGUCUAUACUUCGGUUGAGAGACAUGCAUGUGCAAGUGUCUUAUGAUGAGCUUUCCAGAGCUACUAAUGGAUUCUCUGCAGCUAAUUUGAUAGGCGCAGGAAGUUUCGGUUCGGUCUAUAAAGGAAUAAUUAUGGAUCAUGGUAAUGAACGGAUCGUUGCUGUGAAGGUGCUUAACCUCCAACGGUAUGGAGCUUCCAGGAGUUUUAUGGCUGAAUGCAGAGCCUUGAGAAACAUCCGACAUCGAAACCUCGUCAAGAUCUUCACUUCGUGCUCCAGUAUAGAUCACCAUGGUAAUGAUUUUAAAGCUUUAGUUUUCGAGUUCAUGCCUAAUGGGAGUCUAGAAGAGUGGUUGCAUCCGAAAGCACGUGAGGAUCAUCAAUCUAGAAGUCUAAGCCUCAUCCAGAGGCUGAACAUAGCCAUCGACGUUGCUUCUGCAUUGGAGUAUCUUCAUCACCUCGGGUCAACUCCAAUUGUUCAUUGUGAUCUCAAGCCCAGCAAUGUUCUUCUGGAUAAUGACUUGACUGCUCAUGUGGGUGACUUUGGAUUAGCAAGGUUUCUCGUACAAACACAUGGUGAAUCAUUUCAGAGUUCAAGCAGUACAGUGGGAAUCAAGGGAACCGUUGGUUAUGUCCCUCCAGAGUAUGGCAUGGGCAACCAAGCAUCUACAGCUGGGGACGUGUACAGCUAUGGAAUUCUUCUGCUAGAAAUUUUUACCGGAAAGAAGCCGACCGAUGACAAGUUUAAAGAUGGCCUAAACCUUCAUAAAUAUGUUCAAAUGGCCUUCUCAGAACAAGUUAUGGACAUCAUAGACCACAGGUUGUUCUCAACAGAGGAGCAUAAGGAGUGUAUAGCUUCAGUAAUCAAAUAUGGCCUCCUCUGCUCAAAGGAAUCACCAGAAGAGCGAUUGGAGAUGACAGAGGUUGCCAAGGAAAUGGUGGCACUAAGGGAUAAGUUUCUCAAGGGACUAAAUCCAUGACAGGCUCAAAGAAAUCAAAAAGACCCUUCUGAAUUUUCUUCCGAAACUAGUCCUUCAUCACUAGCUGUUUGCGCUCAAAAGAGUUUCUCUCUUUUUUCUGUGUGUGUGCGUGAGAGGGUGCGUGCCUUUGCAUCCAUCUAUCAAAAAUGAGAAUAAUGGUGUGAUAAGAUAUUGAAUAUAUUACACAUAGAGCAAAGAGAAUAUGGACUUUUCAAGUAAAAAUGCCUAGAGGACUUCAGCCUCAUGGACCGCAAUUGUGGAAUGAAUGAGAUUUACCGGUA